GGCCUAACAUCUGUAAUUCUUAUACCAUUUAAAUUUUGAUAAACAUUUGUUGGCUUAAUAAAGAUAAAAUGUUCUUCCUAAGGUUAUCUAGCUGGUACACUGUCUCUUAAUAUUCAUUUUAACUGUCAAACUAUCCAUUUGAAAACUCUUUAGUUGUUUUUGCAUAUGACAUUAACAGUUUUUACAGUCACUGAUUAUUGUAGCAUUUUAUUCUUAUAGUACAUAUUGUACACUUUCACUGGCCAAUAUAAUUUCUGCAUAAAAAGCACAUAAGGAGAUUUGUACUUUAAAUCAGGGGUCCCCAACACCUGGGCUGCAGACUGGUACUGGUCCAUGGACUGUUAGGACCCAGGUUGCACAACAAGAGGUGAGUGGCAGGCAGGCGAUCGAGCAUUACCACCUGAGCUCACCUCCUGUCCAGUCAGUGGUGGCAUUAGAUUCUCAAAGGAAUGGGAACCCUGUCGUGAACUGCAUGUGUGAGGGAUCUAGCUUGCAUGCUCAUAAUGAGAAUCUAAUGCCUGAUGAUCUGAGGUGGAACAGUUUCAUCCCAAAACCAUUCCAUCCUCCCCCCCACCCCCAUCUGUGGAAAAAUUGCCUUUCAUGAAACUGGUCCUUGGUUCCAAAAAGGCUGGGGACUACUGCUUUAAAUUAUGUAGAGAAUGCUUACAUAGUACUCCUUAUCUUACUAGUAUUUCUUGUAUUGGUGGUGCUGCCUCACUGAUAAUGGUGGUAACCCUGUAAUCACUUAAUCCUUGUUCAGUAGGUAUCCAUCUCUUUGGCUUUAAAAAUGGCAAAGCUCAACUUGGGUGCGUCCCUAUUGUUUAACAUCUCUAUAGGCCUCAGUUUCUUCAUCUACAAAAUAGGGAAAAAUAUGUACCUCAUAGAUCUGUUAGGAUUAAAGAACGUGUUUAUAACGUUCUUAGGAGUUUAGAUAUCUCUUUAUUUGGAGAGCUAGGAAGGACAAUUCAUUGGGAAUAUUUCAGGUUCGUAUGAGUAUGACAUCUCUUUUUAACCACCAGUUUCUGACUUACUGUUUUCUAGUCAGCCUCACCCCACAAUUGUAACUAUCUCUUGACCUAGUGGGGAAACCGAGCGCCAUUUUCCUCACAGAUUUUUGGAGGAUAAAUAGUGGUAGGUGAUGUAGUGGUAGUUGCCUGACAGUUACCCCACAAGCAAGAUUCCCUUACUUUUUUUUUUUUUAAAGUCUAAUACUUGGAAGUUGCCUUCUUUUUUGGUUCAUUAGAAUUAUACCAGCCCUCUAGUAUACCACACAGUCACAAUAUAUCGAUCAUUUCGGGUGGCCAGACAGCUAACACUUUGCAUUCAUGUUCAUUUUAUCCUCAUGACAAAUUUAAUAUUUUCACUUUACAGAUGAGGAAAUUGAAGCGCAGAGAAAUUUAAGUAUUCCAAGAUCACAAAGAUGGUAAGGUCAGAGUAAGGAAUCAAACCAACUCUGUCUGACUUUCCAGCUUAUGCUCUAACCAUUACCUUAUAAAACUUUUUUUGUUUAAAAGCACAAAAUUUGGAACAAAGUAUUCAUAGACAGUAUUUGCUCAAAGGAUGUGCCUUCUUUUUCUUUGCACUCUCCUUAUGCUAAUUAUUAAGGCGAGAGUGGCAGUUCUAUGUUCCCCGCCCCCCGGCAAAAAAAGGAAGGAAGAGAGGAAAACUAAGUUUCAGUGCUAAAAUAUCUCGUGGCCCUGGGUGUGCAUGAAUGCAUAUCUGACCAUAACUAGCCUAGCAGUGAGUUCCCUUCAGAUAACUAAGAUACAUCAUUUUGAGGUGGAUUAGCUAUCCCUGAACCCCUACCUCUUUCUGGCAUUUAGCCUCUCCGGCUCCAUUUGAGUAGAGUUGUGGUUGGUUUUGUAGAACUCGUUAAGGUUUGGCACUAUUAUGGUAAUGUGGUUUUGAGAAGAUAAUGCAAUAGCCCUCAAAGAAGGAACUACGUGCUGCAGUUCCUUGUCAGAAGUAAACUUGGAGCGAAACACGCCUUUAGGAGGGGUGACUAGGCUGCUUUCCUCUACUUUUAAAGCUGUAGUAUGAAGCCAAAACUAAAAGAGGAUGGGCUUGCGAUAUUCGUGGUGCUUGGGCAGCCAAGUGGAGAAUGCUGGAGAACCAGACUCCUGGAGCAGUUUAUCCUAUGAAAUACCGUAUGGAGACUGUUCUGUGAGGCAUCAUCGAGAGUUGGACAUCUAUACAUUAACCUCUGAGUCUGAAUCACAUGAACACCCAUUUCCUGGAGACAGUUGCACUGGACACAUUUUUAGACUUAUGAACAUCCAACAGCAACUAAUGAAAACAAACCUCAAGCAGAUGGACAAUCUUAUGCCCUUAAUGGUGACGGCACAGGGUCCUUCCAGUGCCCCAGAGACAGAUGGCCAGUUUCUUCCCUGUGCACCAGAGCCCACGGACCCUCAGCGACUUUCUUCUUCUGAAGAGAUCGAGAGCACUCACUGCUGCCCAGGGAUCCCUGUUGCACAGACUGAAAGUCCCUGUGAUUUGUCAAGCAUAGUUGAGGAGGAGAAUACAGACCAUUCCUGUAGGAAGAAAAAUAAAGGUGUGGAAAGAAAAGGGGAAGAGGUGGAGCCAGCACCUAUUGUGGACUCUGGAACUGUAUCUGAUCAAGACAGCUGCCUUCAGAGGUUGCCUGAUUGUGGAGUAAAGGGCAUGGAAGGCGUUUCGUCCUGUGGAAACAGAAGUGAAGAAACUGGAACAAAAUCUAGAAUGCCCACAGACCAGGACUCCCUGAGCAGUGGAGAUGCUGUGCUGCAGAGAGACUUGGUCAUGGAGCCAGGCACAGCCCAGUAUUCCUCUGGAGGUGAACUGGGAGACAUUUCAACAACAAAUGUCAGUACCCCAGAGACUGCAGGGGAAAUGGAACAUGGGCUCAUGAAUCCAGAUGCCACUGUUCAAAAGAAUGUGCUUGAAGUGGGGGAAAGUACAAAGGAAAGAUUUGAGAACUCUAAUAUUGGCACAGCUGGAGCCUCUGACGUGCACGUCAUAAGUAAGCCUGUGGAUAAAGUCAGUGUUCCAAACUGUGCCCCUGCCGCCAGCUCCCUGGAUGGUGACAAACCUGCUGAGUCUUCACUUGCAUUUAGUAAUGAGGAAACCUCCAUUGAAAAAACAGCAGAAACAGAAACUUCACAAAGUCAUGAGGAGAGUGCUGAUGCUCCAGUAGAUCAGAAUUCUGUGGUGAUUCCAGCUGCUACAGAAGACAAGAUUUCAGAUGGAUUAGAACCUUAUACUCUCUUAGCAGCAGUCAUAGGUGAGGCAAUGUCACCCUCAGAUUUAGCCCUUCUUGGGCUAGAAGAAGAUGUAAUGCCACACCAGAACUCAGAAACAAAUUCAUCUCAUGCUCAAAGCCAAAAGGGCAAAUCCUCACCCAUUUGUUCUACAACUGGAGACGAUAAACUUUGUGCAGACUCUGCAUGUCAACAGAACACAGUGACUUCUAGUGGUGACUUGGUUGCAAAACGGUGUGAUAACAUAGUUAGCCAGCCUGAAAGCACCACAGCAAGGCAACCCAGCUCACAAGAUCCACCCAAUGCCACCCACUGUGAAGACCCACAGGCUAAUACAGUCACCUCUGACCCUGUAAGGGAUACCCGGGAACGUGUGGAUUUUUGUCCUUUCAAAGUGGUGGAUAACAAAGGCCAACGAAAAGAUGUGAAACUAGAUAAACCUUUAACAAAUAUGCUUGAGGUGGUUUCACAUCCGCAUCCAGUUGUCCCUAAAAUGGAGAAAGAACUGGUGCCAGACCAGGCAGUAAUAUCAGACAGUACUUUCUCUCUGGCAAACAAUCCAGGCAGUGAAUCAGUAACCAAGGAUGACGCACUUUCUUUUGUCCCCUCCCAGAAAGAAAAGGGAACAGCAACUCCUGAACUACAUAUGGCUACAGAUUGUAGAGCUGGCCCAGACGGAGAUUCGAAUGAGCCUGAUACACAGCCACUAGAAGAUAGGGCAGCAGACCUGUCCACGUCCUCCACUGCUGCAGAGCUUCAGCGUGAGAUGGGGAAUACCAGUCUCACAGGACUUGGUGGAGAGCGUGAGGGUCCCGCCCCUCCAGCAAUCCCAGAAGCUCUGAAUAUCAAGGGGGACACUGACUCUUCCCUGCAAAGUGUGGGUGAGGCCACUUUGGCUUUAGAUUCAGUUUUGACAGAAGAGGGAAAACUUCUGGUGGUUUCAGAAAGCUCUGCAACUCAGAAACAAGAUAAGGAUAUAGCAGUGACCUGUUCCUCCAUUAAGGAAAAUGCUCUUUCUUCAGGAAUGUUGCAGAAAGAGCAGAGAACACCACCUCCCAGACAAGAGACUCUACGAUUUCAUGAAAAAUCGGUCUCAGUUGAUGGUGCCAAGGACAAAGCACCUCAGCUAAGUAAGUCACCGGGUGCACCCUCUGCCUGUCUUAAGGCAGAAACUGAACAUAACAAGGAAGUGGCCCCACAAGUCUCACUGCUGAUUCAAGGUGGGGCUGCCCAGAGCCUGGUGCCACCAGGAGCAAGUCUGGCCACAGACUUAAGGCAGGAAGCCUUGGGUCCAGAGCACAACAGCUCCACUUUGUUGUCAUGUCUGUUGCCAGAUGGGUCUGAUGGGUCUGAGGCUCUUAAUUGCAGUCAACCUUCUCCUCUGGAUGUUGGAGUAAAGAACACCCAAUCCCAGGGGAAAACUAGUGCCUGUGAGGUGAAUGGAAAUGUGACGGUGGAUGUUACGCAGGUUAAUGCUCUACAAGGGAUGGCUGUUCCCAGAAGAAAGAAUGUAUCACACAACACCCAAGACAUCCUGAUUCCAGACGUCUUGUUGAACCAAGAGAAGAAUGUCAUCCUGGGUUUGCCAGUAGCUUUACGGGACAAAGCUGUGACUGACCCACAGGGAGUUGGAACCCCAGAGAUGGUACCUCUUGAUUGGGAGAAAGGGAAGCUGGAGGGAGCAGACCACAGCUAUACCAGGGGCGAUGCUGAGGAAGCCCAGAUAGACACUGAAGCACAUCCUGUCCUACUGCAGCCUGCUGCCAAAGAGCUCCCCACAGACAUGGGGCUCUCAUCCCAUGAUGAUGAGGCCCCAGCUGGCGCGAGGGAAGUCCUGCAAGCCUUGCCCUCAGGCGGGGAAAGGAGCACUCCCUCUCUACCUUGCAUGGUCUCUGCCCAGGCCACACCUCUGCCUAAGGGAGCAGACUUGAUAGAGGAGGCUGCCAGCCGUAUAGUGGAUGCUGUCAUCGAACAAGUCAAGGCCGCUGGAGCACUGCUUACUGAGGGGGAGGCUUGUCAAAUGUCACUGUCCAGGCCUAAGUUGGGUCCUCUCACUGAAGGGCUAGAGAAUGCUUUUACAGAAAAAGUGAGUACUUUCCCACCUGGGGAGAGCCUGCCAAUGGGCAGUACUCCUGAGGAAGCCACAGGGAGCCUUGCAGGAUGUUUUGCUGAAAGGGAGGAGCCAGAGAAGAUUAUUUUACCUGUCCAAGGGCCUGAGCCAGCAACAGAAAUGCCGGACGUGAAAGCUGAAGAUGAAGUGGAUUUUAGAGCAAGUUCAGUUUCUGAAGAAGUGGCUGUAGGGAGCAUAGCUGCUACACUGAAGAUGAAGCAAGGCCCAAUGACCCAGGCGAUAAACCGAGAAAACUGGUGUACAAUAGAGCCAUGCCCUGAUGCAGCCUCUCUUUUGGCUUCCAAGCAGAGCCCAGAGUGUGAGAACUUCCUGGAUGUUGGACUGGGCAGAGAGUGUACCUCAAAACAAGGUGUACUUAAAAGAGAAUCUGGGAGUGAUUCUGACCUCUUUCACUCACCCAGUGAUGAUAUGGACAGCAUCAUCUUCCCAAAGCCGGAGGAAGAGCAGUUGACCUGUGAUAUCACCGGAUCCAGUUCAUCCACCGAUGACACGGCUUCACUGGACCAACAUUCUUCUCAUGGCAGUGAUGUGUCUCUCUCCCAGAUUUUAAAGCCAAACAGGUCAAGAGAUCGGCAAAGCCUUGAUGGAUUCUACAGCCAUGGGAUGGGAGCUGAGGGUCGAGAAAGUGAGAGUGAGCCUGCUGACCCAGGCGACGUGGAGGAGGAGGAGAUGGACAGUAUCACUGAAGUGCCUGCAAACUGCUCUGUCCUGAGGAGCUCCAUGCGCUCUCUUUCCCCCUUCCGGAGGCACAGCUGGGGGCCUGGGAAAAAUGCAGCCAGCGAUGCAGAAAUGAACCACCGGAGUUCAAUGCGAGCUCUUGGGGAUGUUGUCAGGAGACCUCCCAUUCAUAGGAGAAGUAUGAGCUGGUGCCCCUCUGGUGUGCAGUACUCUGCUGGCCUAAGUGCUGAUCUUAAUUACAGAAGUUUCAGUCUAGAAGGCUUGACAGGAGGAGCUGGUGUCGGAAACAAGCCAUCCUCAUCUCUAGAAGUAAGCUCUGCAAAUGCCAAAGAGCUCAGACACCCAUUCGGUGGUGAGGAACGGGUUGACUCUUUGGUGUCACUUUCGGAAGAGGAUCUGGAGUCAGGCCAGAGAGAACAUAGGAUGUUUGAUCAGCAGAUAUGUCACAGAUCUAAGCAGCAGGGAUUUAAUUACUGUACAUCCGCCAUUUCCUCUCCAUUGACAAAAUCCAUCUCAUUAAUGACAAUCAGCCAUCCUGGAUUGGACACUCAGCAGCAGAUGCGGCCAGCAAGGCGGAUCUCCAUCAGCAUCUCUCCGCUCCUCCUUAAGUCUAAAACUCUCUUUUCUCUUGGCUCUUCUUAUUCCAGUGAUGAGGAGGAGGAGUUGCAUAAUUCACGGCCCUUCCACAGUACCUUCCACAAUACCAGUGCUAAUCAGACUGAGAGUAUAACAGAAGAGAACUAUAAUUUCCCGCCACAAAGCCUCUUCAAGAAAGAUUCUGAAUGGAAGAGUGCAACAAAAGUCAGUCGUACAUUCAGCUACAUCAAGAAUAAAAUGUCCAGCAGCAAGAAGAGCAAACAGGAAAAGGAAAAAGAAAAAGAUAAGAUUAAGGAGAAGGAGAAAGAUUCUAAAGACAAGGAGAAAGAUAAGAAGACUAUCAACGGGCACACUUUCAGUUCCAUUCCUGUUGUGGGUCCUAUCAGCUGUAGCCAGUGUAUGAAGCCCUUCACCAACAAAGAUGCCUAUACUUGCGCAAAUUGCAGUGCUUUUGUCCACAAAGGCUGCCGAGAAAGUCUAGCCUCCUGUGCAAAGGUCAAAAUGAAGCAGCCCAAAGGGAGCCUUCAGGCACAUGACACAUCAUCACUACCCACGGUCAUUAUGAGAAACAAGCCCGCACAGCCCAAGGAGCGUCCUCGGUCCGCAGUCCUCCUGGUGGAUGAAACCACUACCACCCCGAUAUUUGCCAGUAGACGGUCCCAGCAGAGUGUCUCGCUCUCCAAAAGUGUCUCCAUACAGAACAUUACUGGAGUUGGCAAUGAUGAGAACAUGUCAAACACCUGGAAAUUCCUGUCUCAUUCAACAGACUCACUAAAUAAAAUCAGCAAGGUCAAUGAAUCAACAGAAUCACUUACUGAUGAGGGAGUAGGUACAGACAUGAAUGAAGGACAGCUACUGGGAGACUUUGAGAUUGAUUCCAAACAGCUGGAAGCAGAGUCUUGGAGUCGAAUAAUAGACAGCAAGUUUCUAAAACAGCAAAAGAAAGAUGUGGUCAAACGGCAAGAAGUAAUAUAUGAGCUGAUGCAGACAGAGUUACAUCAUGUCCGCACUCUCAAGAUCAUGAGUGAUGUGUACAGCCGGGGGAUGAUGAUGGAUCUGCUUUUUGAGCAGCAGAUGGUAGAAAAGCUGUUCCCCUGUUUGGAUGAGCUGAUCAGUAUCCAUAGCCAAUUCUUUCAGAGGAUUCUGGAGCGGAAGGAGGAGUCUCUGGUGGAUAAAAGUGAAAAGAACUUUCUCAUCAAGAGGAUAGGGGAUGUGCUUGUUAAUCAGUUUUCAGGUGAGAAUGCAGAACGUUUAAAGAAGACGUACGGCAAGUUUUGUGGGCAACAUAACCAGUCUGUAAACUACUUCAAAGACCUUUAUGCCAAGGAUAAGCGUUUUCAAGCCUUUGUAAAGAAGAAGAUGAGCAGUUCAGUUGUUAGAAGGCUUGGAAUUCCAGAGUGCAUAUUGCUUGUAACUCAGCGGAUUACCAAGUACCCAGUUUUAUUCCAAAGAAUAUUGCAGUGUACCAAAGACAAUGAAGUGGAGCAGGAAGAUCUAGCACAGUCCUUGAGCCUGGUGAAGGAUGUGAUUGGAGCUGUAGACAGCAAAGUGGCAAGUUAUGAAAAGAAAGUGCGUCUCAAUGAGAUUUAUACAAAGACAGAUAGCAAGUCAAUCAUGAGGAUGAAGAGUGGUCAGAUGUUUGCCAAGGAAGAUUUGAAACGGAAGAAGCUUGUACGUGAUGGGAGUGUGUUUCUGAAGAAUGCAGCAGGAAGGUUGAAAGAGGUUCAAGCAGUUCUUCUCACUGACAUUUUAGUUUUCCUUCAAGAAAAAGACCAGAAGUACAUCUUUGCCUCAUUGGACCAGAAGUCAACAGUGAUCUCUUUAAAGAAACUGAUUGUGAGAGAAGUGGCACACGAGGAGAAAGGUUUAUUCCUGAUCAGCAUGGGGAUGAAAGAUCCAGAGAUGGUAGAAGUCCAUGCCAGCUCCAAAGAGGAACGAAACAGCUGGAUUCAGAUCAUUCAGGAUACAAUCAACACCCUGAACAGAGAUGAAGAUGAAGGAAUUCCUAGUGAGAAUGAGGAAGAAAAGAAAAUGUUGGACACCAAAGCCCGAGAAUUAAAAGAACAACUUCAACAGAAGGACCAACAAAUCCUACUCUUGUUGGAAGAGAAGGAGAUGAUUUUCCGGGACAUGGCUGAGUGCAGCACCCCCCUCCCAGAGGAUUGCUCCCCGACACAUAGCCCUAGAGUUCUCUUCCGCUCCAACACAGAAGAGGCUCUCAAAGGAGGACCUUUAAUGAAAAGUGCAAUAAAUGAGGUGGAGAUCCUUCAGGGCUUGGUGAGUGGAAAUCUGGGAGGCACACUUGGGCCAACUGUCAGCAGCCCCAUUGAGCAAGAAGGUGCGGUCGGUCCUGUUUCCCUGCCCCGGAGAGCAGAAACCUUUGGAGGAUUUGACAGCCAUCAGAUGAAUGCUUCAAAAGGAGGCGAGAAGGAAGAGGGAGAUGAUGGCCAAGAUCUUAGGAGAACGGAAUCAGAUAGUGGCCUAAAAAAGGGUGGAAACGCUAACCUGGUAUUUAUGCUUAAAAGAAACAGUGAGCAGGUUGUCCAGAGCAUUGUUCAUCUCCACGAGCUCCUCAGCACUCUGCAGGGUGUGGUGCUGCAGCAGGACAGCUACAUUGAGGACCAGAAACUGGUGCUGAGCGAGAGGGCGCUCACUCGCACCUUGUCCCGUCCGAGCUCCCUCAUUGAGCAGGAGAAGCAACGCAGCCUGGAGAAGCAGCGCCAGGACCUGGCCAACCUGCAGAAGCAGCAGGCCCAGUACCUCGAGGAGAAGCGCAGGCGUGAGCGCGAGUGGGAAGCUCGUGAGAGGGAGCUGCGGGAACGGGAGGCCCUCCUGGCCCAGCGCGAGGAGAAGGUGCAGCAGGGGCAGCAGGACCUGGAAAAGGAGCGGGAGGAGCUCCAGCAGAAGAAGGGCACAUACCAGUAUGACCUGGAGCGACUGCGUGCUGCCCAGAAACAGCUCGAGAGGGAACAGGAGCAGCUGCGCCGGGAGGCAGAGCGGCUCAGCCAGAGGCAGACAGAACAGGACCUGUGUCAGGUUUCCCAUCCACACAGCAAGCUGAUGAGGAUCCCAUCGUUCUUCCCCAGUCCUGAGGAGCCCCCCUCGCCAUCUGCACCUUCGAUAGCCAAAUCAGGGUCAUUGGACUCAGACCUUUCAGUGUCCCCAAAAAGGAACAGCAUCUCUCGGACACACAAAGAUAAGGGGCCUUUUCACAUACUGAGUUCAACCAACCACACAAACAAAGGACCAGAAGGGCAGAGCCAGGCCCCUGUGUCCACCUCUGCCUCUACCCGCCUGUUUGGGUUAGCUAAGCCAAAGGAAAAGAAGGAGAAAAAAAAGAAGAACAAAACCAGCCGCUCUCAGCCCGGUGAUGGUCCCACAUCAGAAGUAUCAGCAGAGGGUGAAGAGAUCUUCUGCUGACCCUCUUCCUCUCUGCUGAGGCAGCUGCCUCCUGAUCCUGGCCAGCCCACCUCUCCUGCUGUCCCCACGUGCACAAGUCUCUUACACUGGACACCCACUGCUCCUCAGCGUCCAGUCCUCCUGGGCGGCCCCAGGUCCUGGACAAGAAGGAACAGAUGAUCUUGAGUAUCAGGGUGGGGAAGGAGGCCCAGACUCUGCUUCGGCCAUGAUUUGUGACUGCCCAGGACUCUCAGGUUGGGCUGGCCCUACUCAGGAUUACACUGAAAGUAGUGGCCUCGUAAGUACAGGUGAUGGUUUUGGACAUGUCAGGAAUUCCUAAAGGCUGAAAGAGUGUAUCCAAGUAAGGUCUGAACCUCUGACUGCCUUUUAUUUGGGGGAACACGAAACCAAACAGAAGAUGUUUUGGACUUGAUCUGUGUCCAUACAUGGGGACCUGUCUGCAUAUAUACAUGGGGAAUGCUAGAAGGCGGCCCAGUCUGUACCAGAUGUCUGGUCACCUUAGCUCAGCACAGGGGCAGUGCCUGGAUGGACCCAGAGCUCCUGCAUAUCAGCACUUCACCCAGUAAUCCUCAGAGACUGGUUUCCCUCUAAACCCAUCCCGUGCACGUAUCACCCAUGUUUUGCAUGUAUUUCUCAUUUCAUUUUAGGGAUGACAAACAUUUGUGAAACCAGUGAGAGAAGGCUUGAUGUGUAUAAAAGACGUGAUCUGCACCACCUCGAUCUCGGUGUUUCAGGCACUAAAGCAACAAAACAACCCAUAGUAUCUCAUUUUGUCAUCAGAUCCAGAAGGAAUACCCUGGUUUUCCGGGAUGUUUACCCACAUGUUUUGGGCACGGAUAAAGUGAAGAGGCCCACUCACCAGUAUCCCUGCAGGGUGACACUUUUUGGUUGUUACUGACCACUCAGAAGUGGCUACGGCCUCCUGGCUGUGUUCCUGAGCCCCUGUCGUGCCUCUCCCAGACAGCAGCUGCCUGGCCCUUGCGGGUGAGGGCACGCCCUAUGGGCACACCACCACCAGGGGCCAGGCAGAAGCUGUGUUCUGAAGCUAGGAGAACUGGCUGAGAGGUGGGUUCAGGCGAAGGGUGAAGCCGUGUGUGGCGGUUCCUGCCAGUGCGGGUCUGGAGAGGAGCUGGCCCAGAGGGCGUGGUUGUGAAAGCGCCCUUCUUUUGUUAGGAGGCCUUGGCAAAAUUGGAUUUCUUCAAAAAUGUAUCUGAAGGUCUGUUGUUGAAUUGUGCUCUGCCCCUGAAAGAGGGUACAGAUGCUGCCUGCUGCUCGGCUUUGCUUUUGCUUUUCCCGCCGUGUUUUGAUCUGUGUUCACUUGAGGCUUUCCCCAGCUGGUGUGUGCAGGACAGUUCAUGGUAAUGUUGCCCUCUGAGGCCCCGUACACCAGAAGGGAGGCCCUGGAAAAUUUUGUGCUUCCGACGUGGCCUUCAGUUCUUGCUUUUUUGCCCCUCAGAAGCAAGGGGCUUUGAGCACACUUAAAAAAAGAAAAAUCUGUAACUUGGUGCUUAUUGAUGAAUUGCAAGCUGGCCUUGCAGAUGGAGAUAUUUAUCUUUCAGUUUAUUUGAAAGAGGUCUGGUUUAAAAUUUGUAGCCUAGAUUUGUUUUAUUUAUUUUGUGUGUGUGUGUGUGUUUGUGUUUUUCUUUUUUAAGGGUGAGCCAGGACUAGCCCAACAGUCUAAACUAUCCAGUCAAUAUUGAGUGAAGUGGCAGCCAGCACCGCUCACUCUGUGUCUUUUGAAGUGCCUUGAAGGCCCAGAUGAAAUUUUAAAGGGAAGGGUCCAUGUCCUUCCGUCCCCCACCCCGCCUCAUUCUUUAAUCAAAGGAUAUCUUCUCCCUUGUUUGAGAAUGAAGAAACUCACCACCUCUGAGCUACCUUUGCUUUUUUCUGUCAUGGAGAAUACCCAGCCUUCAGAAACAGACUUUAAGGCCAAAACCUGCUGAUUUUUCUAUUGAAAAUAUCAUGUCCCCUUGCAAAGACCCUAAACAAAAAGUUAAGUUGCUUUCUUCCACCAGUCCAUACAACUCCAAGUUAACAGCUGAAUCAUCGUCCUGAGAUCUACCCCGGGGCUUGGCUAUCUGUUCUGGUCACUAGCUCCGAGUUCCCCUACUGGGAUUCGCAGGAGGGCAGUACUGAACCUGCAUUCUUCUCUUUGUAAAUGUAGGCUGGGUGCCCCUGUUGUCUGGGUUUGGAACGAUAAGAGGUUGGUGCUGAUUGGAUUUACUCGCGUACAUGCUCUUCACAAAAACACCAUGGAUGCUGAAGUUAGAGCAUGUUGCCACAGAGGUUGACAUCAAUGUUAGAGUGUCUCUUGCCCCCCUAGCUGUGAUGUUUCACCUGCUUUGGUGGUUUUGGUGGUCUUUUUUAAAAAUGGAGAUUUCACAUCUGCCCAGACCUCCCUCACUCAAAACGAUUUCAGCAGGUUCUGGUUGGACAAGUUUAAAAUCAGAAGGUAGUGCCCAGAAUUCCCCCAAGCCACCCAACUUCAUCCAGGAAUACAGUCUGCAGUGCCGAAAGGGAACCACUUACCAAGACCUGUGCUUACAUACCUUCGUCAUCUCUCUUCCCCCUUGGAGUUGUCCUCAAGGGGAUUUGUUCCUGUCCUGGGGGUUUACCUGGGAUGGUGGCUGCCUGUGCUUUUGCACAUGGCCUUGACAGUGUUCUAGUUGCUGGAUCUAAUGGCCUGUCUUGGUUUCUCUCACAUGAGAAGGGGUUGUUUUCUGGGGUGACUCAGACUGAAUUCCCCAUAUUGUUUCCACACCAGGAUGCCAUGUUCUCCAUCAAGCUGAAGAAAUCAGGUGCCUGAAAUUGUGCUUAAGUUUUGGGGGAAAGAUGGAGUUCGUAUCCAGAGCCCCCAGAUUUUCAGAAUCGAGUGAGCUUUCUGGAAAGAGACUGCAUCUUCUCUCAAUUCCAGUCAUCUCAGUCGUCAUUCCAGUUGGGUGACAUGUGCACUUUAAAUGCUGUCACGGUUGGCUUCAUUUUCAAGACAAUCAAAUGUAUCGACUGUUUUCUUUUUAGAAAAUGGAGAGGGUUAAAAACGUGCAAACUGCCACUUUCAGCCUUUGCCAGUACUCCCUCUACCCCCGUGAGAGCUAUCUGGGGGAAAGAAUCCUUACCAAGGUUUUUUUGGAAAGGUACGAAUCUUACCUUUUUUCCCCUUCUGUGUCUCAGGGUAAUACUCUAUUCAGAGUCGCCCCUUUGCUCAUUUUCUCCCAUAUUUGUUACCUUCCUGAGGCCUCAGUAUUAGUCAUGAGCACAAAGUUUGGAGACCCUUGGCGUUGUUUCUUGAUGUGGGAAGGGAGGUGUUAGUGUGUGCAAGGGUUGAACUAGAUAGACCCUGCCUUAGUAGAGGGUGGGACCAUAACCUUAGAGGCCAGAACUUGAUCCAGAAGUUGCUGUCCACAGAAGUGUUUUCUAGUUCAUCAUUUUUGUCUCUAGGGCUCUUUUUCUGUAGCCAGGUCUUUCUUCCCAGGGAUUUUGGUAUUUGCAUUGGAGUUGAGGUUUACUCUAAUGAUGGGUGCCCCAACUGUGCCCAGAGGACAGCCAGGCCCUGGGAGGGGGUUUAGAAAGACAGUCCUGGUGACUGGGCUUCAGUGGUCACAAAGAGGGUGGCUGUGAGGUGACCCCAGACACUUCAGAACGAUGUGCACCCUCUGCGUUUGGAUGUCCUUGGAAUGUGGGAGCCUAGAAAUAACCCUGUGGAUGAAAUGGGGGCGGCGGCUGCUGGAGAUCUGUGUGCCUUGCCUUCCUUCAACAGGACCAACUAGGUGUGCAGCCACCUACGGAUAUGUCCCAGCCAGCCCCGUCGCUCUCGUCCAUCCUCAGAGACAAAGAAGAGGGCAGGGAGUUUGGGCUUGGUUUUGAACUUGCCUUUCAAUGUAGCAAAGCAUUCCUAGUUAACCAGAGCCUUGGAAUCUACUACCUGCUGGCCAGGCUUUAAAAUGAAAAGUGUUUCAAUGCUGCCAUAAAAGGGGGGCGGUGGGGAGGAAGGGAAAAUAAAGGCAUCUUUCCAAGUACUCAUCUAAUUUAAUUGUCAAAAGAUUGAUAGGCCAUGAAUUCUUUGUCUCACUAAGGGUUAAAGGCGGGCGACCCCCCACUGACUGUCCCCUGCCACCGAAGUAGGUGACCUGCCCUACAAGCUGGUGGGACCGCCUGUGCUGCGCUCCAGGGGGGCUUCUGCAGGAAGCACUCGCCCCCACCUUCCCUGGCCUGAGCUUUUCCCCUGCCUUUCUUCACCACCUGAGGGCAUGGGCAGUCCCCGAGCCCUGGCCAUGGGGCGUGCCUGGUGAGUUUGCCUGCGGUUCAGGCUUAGCCUGUGGUCACCUGUGUGCUGCUGCCUGAGUGAGGUGUGCAGGGGAGGCGCAGGGAUCCGCAGGAGGUUGGUUGGGAUACACCGGAUACCUCUGCUCUCAUUGCUCGUUUCCAAAUGUUCUAUGGACAUUUCUGUGCUAAAUCAUAUUAAAUAAAACAGACGGGUUAAAACCCAGAUGCUGUAUAUUAAUUUGUAAUUAUGUAUAAAGUGAAGCAGUUUCAAACUGUAAAGAUUUUUUUCAGUGUGUUUUCUGGAAUUUUGCCACAACAUACUGGCUUUGUAUUUUAUUUAGCUUUCUUUCUAGUUACCAGCUUCAGACCCUUGUAAAGUCCCCCUCAGCCCUUUCAAAAAAAAAAAUAAUAAAUUGCCUGUGAAGUC